AUGAUUGGUGAUAAAGAUAUCGACGAAACAUCCGAUCUUUCUGAAUAUUUAACAAACUCUGACGAAGAUACUGAACUAGAAUUGACACUACCAGUUGAAAAUGAAUCUUUGAAUCGUAUUAGUGGCUAUUACGAUGAUAAUAAAACAGAAUCAAUCAAUUCAACUGUAAACACAUUACAUUCAAAAGAACUUGAAUUUUUAAACGAACAAUGCAAUAAUAAUAUAUUAAAUCGAAAUACUAGCAUUAUACGGGAUUCCAAUAUACCAACUGACAUUGUAAAUUCUAGUCAAAUUAAUAAAGUAGAGAAUCAGGAACAUAAUAUUGGAAUAAACAGAAAUAUUCAAGAUGUUGAUCAUCAUUGUUUAACAUAUGAAAACGAAUACUCAGACAAAGAAGUUCAAUUAAAUGCACCUCCAAAACCAGGCUCGAUUGCUGAAAGAGAACAUAAAAAAUGGGAAUCUGCUACUUCAAUAAAAAAUAAUCCUUAUAGUAAGGAGAAUAUACAAAAAAGGUUUCUAGAAAAAAAAUAUAUUGGACCAUUUGAUUUGUCAAGGUUUACCAGAGAUUGUUAUAUCGACAAUCGAAUUGUUUCUAAUAUAGAAACCAAACGAUCAGUUGUGUCUGAUAGUUUAACUAAAUCGAUAAGUGACAUCAAUUAUAAUAAAUCAAAUCAAAAUGAAUGUAAUUUAGAAAUACAAGAAAAUAUUAAAUUUAUAAAACCAAAUUUACCAAUUUCAUCUAAUAAGGAUUUAAUAUUAACAACAAAUUUAGAAAAACACUAUAACAAACCAAUUUUAAAUACCACUGUUAAUGAUACCAAUGAGGAAGUUUUACAAGUAGUCAGUGAUGAAUCCAUGACAUUAGAAUCAACGAAAAAUAAUAAAAUGUUGGAGCACGAACGAAGAUAUAACAAAAAUGAAAUUCAAGCUAAGUUAAAUAAUCAAGAUCAUAUACUCGACGGUAUAAAUGAAGUAGUACAGAGUGAUCAACCACUAUGUAAUGAAAAAUGGUCUAUUCGGGAAAUGGAUUUAAAAGCAUGUGAAUUUGAUAAAAAUGAUUUACCAAAAUUAAUAUCGAAUUUAAACUCUAUUGAUCAGGAAGGGAUGAAUAAAUUAGAUACACAGCCUUUAAAUUACUUAGAAAGCAGUAUUGUAAAAAGUCAAUCCAUUAAUGAAUUGGAUAAUCAAACAUACAAAGAAAUUGGAUAUAAAUCAAAUCUUAUAAACAACAAGCAAAUUGACACUGUAGAUUCAAUAAAAAUAGCUGAUAUUGAUGGUGAUUUUCUUUUAGAUAAUCAAACAAAAACUAAUGUAAUACUUGAGAAAGAUAAUUCGGAGGUAACUUCGACUAUAAUUACACCAUGUAAAGCAUCUGUAACUUGUAAUAGUGAAAACAUUAUUGAGAAUAAAUUAACCAAGUAUGAAACUGAAAUAAUCACUGCAAAAUUAUUUAAUGAAAAACGAGAUUUUUAUCACGGUAAAUCAGUCGAACACUUUUCAUCAAAUGGUAAAAUCAGCAAUAACAACAAUUGUAUUGAGAAAAAACUAUCAAUGCCAUCGGUAAAACAACUUGUACAGGUUUUUGAUAAGAAGUAUCAAGAAACAAUUACAUCUAAUCUAGUGGCUGAAUCAAAAUCAGAUGAAUUAGAAAGAAAAGGAAUUAAAUCUAUUCAAAGUAGACGUACAAUAUCAAGACAAUUACAUAGCUUAACAGCAAGAUCAUUGUCGAAAGAAUUUAGAGAAGGAUUGCGUCAAAUUCCAAAUAAAACGCGUAUGCAUAAUUUAAAAUAUAAAAAAAUAUUACAAUGACGAAGAAAAAUAUUAAUAAAUUUG